AGAGAGUUCACAGCGGGAGUGACUGACCGUCAUCAGUUUUGAAGGGGGCCACAGGACGAGCAAAGAGGGUAGCAGCAGACCAUGGCACUAUUGUUCGAGCAGUGAAUCAUAUGGGCGGAUGGACUAUGUCUGGCUCGAAAAAAUGGUGGACUACGGCACGAGAAUGGGACGCCGUCUCAUUGCGCUCACGCUCUCCUUCCGUCAGAUGUCCCUUCACCGCCCUUGGUAGAGUGUGGGUAUUGUGGUACCGUAGAUCGGUAUGUAUCUAUUACACAGUAUGACGCUUCCUCUGCCAUCUGGACGUACUUGUACUGUACAGCACUACUGCUGGGGUACGCAUGAUAUAUUUUCUGUGUUCCACCUUUUUUUAUUUUAAUCUCAGCAGUUGUGCUUUAUGGUGCGGUACUUGGGGGCCAAGAUAGCCUAUCAUAUUUCGAUCUCGCUCCUCAAACGCUGCGGCUCAAAACUGGAGCGUGCAGUUGUAUUGUGCUGUCACUGGUACCCCCGUAUUGAGUUACUGAGUGUGGAAGAACGAUAUCCGUAUAUUUUGGGGGGAGAAAAAAACCUACCGCAUGUCGUGCAAGCAAGUAUUAUUACAAGUCCCAGACCAUCAGCUCCCUACUGUCUAUAAUAGGUGUCGGUCUGCCCCGCUGCCCGUUUACUCCCCCUCUUCCCCUCGAGUCCCCCCCCCCUACCCUACAAUAGGGAUAACCCCCCUGACUACUUGUGACGCGAGAGUUGGAAAAAAGGGAGACGAUCCCUAAGUGCCAGUAACUUUAACCAGCAGCGCCUAGAGUACAUAAAGACCCGCGUCCGCCACAUUGUGUGGCCGCUGCCCUGUGGGGAGAUCGAGCAACCUUAGAAUAACUUGGGUCUGCAAACCGGUUUUACCCUAUGCUCCAUAGAAUGCAUUGAAAAGGAAAAACAAAACCCUUAUCCGACCCAAAUCUCCCCAUCAAUUCCACAAACCCAACCUCCGUCAUCAGAAGUCUUUAUUUCAACCAUCAAAACAAAAAUGGAGAUUACAGCGCAACAGCCGGCAGCGCCAUUAAGCCUUCCGACACCACCCCCUGAUAAGCUUCUAGACGAGGGACCAGCGAUUGCAGAGCUCGACAAGGUUGAUUCCGGUAUGGAUAUCGACUUUCAAAGCGAUUCACUACAUACACCGGUGUCAGGCCCUACACAAGUGGGAUCGGGGGGACCUCCUGUGAAUGGUCAAGCGAAGGGAGGAGGUUUCGGGAAUGGCGAUGGGGAACCAACACGCAAGGAAGAAGGGAGGAGUGAAGGCGGUGAAGAGGUCAAUAUGACGGAUGUAGACCAGAGGCCGCCAUCUGUCGAGGACUUUGACUUAAUGACUACUUUGGGUACAGGGACAUUCGCUCGAGUGUGGUUAGUGAGACCGAGGGGCAGUCCACCAACCGAGAAUGCGCCCCUGUUUGCUUUAAAGCAACUUAAGAAAGUGGAUAUUAUCCGGCUGAAGCAAUGUGAACAUGUCCUCAAUGAGAGAUCGAUAUUAGAAGUCUGUCGGCCUCAUCCAUUUAUAACCCACUACCUUUGCUCAUGGCAGGAUCGUGCUUCCUUAUACAUUCUCCUUGAAUACUCACCCGGUGGAGAGAUAUUUGGUUAUUUACGACGGGCUCGCCGAUUCGAUUUUCAAACUACCCAGUUCUAUGCCGCAGAAAUCACCAUGAUCUUAGUUUUCCUACAUAAUCACGGCAUCGUGUAUCGGGAUUUGAAACCGGAAAAUAUCUUGCUGGAUGCACGGGGACAUGUCAAACUGGUAGACUUCGGUUUUGCAAAAGUUGUGGGCGAUAGGGAAACCUACACACUUUGUGGAACACCAGAAUACCUGAGCCCGGAGGUCAUCCAAAGCAAAGGUCAUGGUAAAGCUGUUGAUUGGUGGGCCUUAGGUGUUCUGAUAUAUGAAAUGAGUUGUGGUUUUCCACCUUUCUACGACAAUUCUCCAUUCGCAAUAUACGAGAAAAUUGUAGCAGGACGGAUAUCCUUCCCUUCGAUACUACCCGAAGAAACCAAGGAUAUUGUGCGAAGAUUGUGCACAAAAGAUUUAUCAGCUCGACUCGGCAAUAUGUGUGGAGGAGGACACCAGGUCAUGGCUCACCCAUUCUUUGACAGCGUCCAUUGGCAGGAAUUAGAGAACCAGGUUCAUCCAGGUCCUAUCGUACCAAGUCUUCGGCACCCAGGAGACACCAGGUACUUUGACCAAUACGACCCACCACCCACAACCGCGAGAGAUGAAUACACCGAUGAGAUGUUCGAGAAAUAUGACGCAUCCUUCCAUGGCUUCUAAAUAGCUUGGCCUUUCUCCCUACUACACCGGUCACUUUUGGGUCCUGUAUUCUAUUCAAGCAGCGCUUUCUCUUUAUUUAUCUGUUCGGAAAACGAUUUAAUACAAUUAGUUUGUAUGCA